AUGGCAGAAUCACCAGCCGCCAACUUCGUCAUCAAGCUCCCCCAUCCCUUCCUCACCGCCUACCAGGUCCAGGUUGUCCCCGGCUCGACACCCCGCGCACUAAGGCUGGUCAAGUCGGCAACCCAAAAACCGGGCAAGCCCCUCCCCGAGCCCCUCCACUCCACCCACCUCACCUUCGACGACCUAUGGCACGAGCCUCGCGACCAGCUGCCCGCCGACAGCGACAACAGCCCGUGGGCGCGGGCACGCCGCAGCGCCGUCACCGCCUUCCGCUGGGAGUCCCCCUCCACCACCAUCACCACCACCACCUCCUCCUCCUCCCUCGCCGAUGACGCCGACGCACUAUCACCACGACCACCUCCGGCAGCGGCGGCAGUGGCAGUAGCAGCACCGACCCUCGCCCAACUCUGGAACGCCAUCCACGCCCUCUUCGUCAUCUACCCGUCUCAAGAACAACUCCGCGCCACGCUCCUCGGCCCCGACAGCUCCGUCCUGCGCGCCGAACUCCUCCGCACCGGCCUCGCGCUGCCACACCCACGCCCCUGGACCGCCGCCGGCAACGAAGACGCGUCUACCCCUCCGUCCUCCGAGCUGAUCCUGCGCCGCGCCGCCUUCUGGCAGGGCGCGGGCAGCCCGCUCGGACCGCGGCCGAUAUGGGCUGUCGGCGACGGGACGGACGGUGCGGCGGUGCGGAAGGGCGCCAGCGCGUAUCCGCCGACGCCGCAGGACUACGAGUUCUCGAUGAAGUUCCCGCGGGAGCGGGUGUACAGCCGGCAUCCGGUGCGGCCCGCGAAGCCGGCGCCGGGGUCGGUGGUGUAUAGUCGGUACAUUCCGCAUCUGGAUGAGCACUUCUCGCUCGUUGUGGUGGAUUGGCGGGACGCAGGGCAUCUGGGGUUGUUUAAUAAGUGGCAGAAUGAUCCGAGGGUGGCGAAGGGGUGGAAUGAGACGGGGACGGUGGACGAGCAUCGGGAGUACCUGCGGAGGCUGCAUGAGGAUAAGCAUGUGCUGUGUUUGUUUGGGAGGUUCGACGAUACGCCGUUUUCGUAUUUUGAGGUGUAUUGGGCCAAGGAGGAUCAUUACGGCGCGCAUUACGACGCUGGCGAUUACGAUAGAGGACGGCACUCGCUAGUGGGCGAUGCGACCUUCCGCGGCUCGCAUAGGGUGAAUGCGUGGUGGUCCGGCGUCAUCCACUAUAUUUUCCUGGAUGAGCCGCGGACGCCGUGCGUUGUGGGUGAGCCCAAAGCUACCAACGGAACCGUCCUCUCAUACGAGAACGCACAUGGCUUAAGCAUUCUGAAAUACGUUGACCUCGGUCACAAGAGGUCAGUGCACGUUUACUGCAGCAGGGAAAAGUGGUUCCAGCUCUGCCCACUCUUCUGGGAUGGGCAGGACAAGCCUUUGCCAAGUGCCGAUCGUGCCGCUUGGAACGCGAAGCUUUGA